CCCGGCUCCCAGCCGGUACCGAGCGGCACCAUGCGGGCGCUGAGCCUCGGCCUCCUGGCGCUCACCUGUGCCGUGGCCGCGCUGUGCGGGGCCGGAGCGCAGCGCCGGGCGCUGGACGGGGGCAGCCGCCGGCGCUACCACCGGGUGCAGCACGGGCACUGCAGUUACACCUUCGUGCUGCCCGAGACCGACCCCGCGCCCUGCGCGGCCGCCGCCGCAGCCGCUGCCCACGGCCCGGCCAACGCGCUCCUGCAGCGGGACUCGCCGGCCGGCACCGCGCACGGCGGCCACCGCGCGGCCCAGCGCCUGCGGCACCUCGAGAGCGUCCUGGAGAACAGCACCCAGUGGCUGCUGAAGCUGGAGAGCUACAUCCAGACGGGCAUGAAGCCGGAGGUGGCACAGGCAGCGGUGCAGAACCAAACGGCCACCAUGCUGGAGAUCGGCAGCAGCCUCCUCAACCAGAGCGCCGCGCAGAGCCGCAAGCUCACCGACGUGGAGGCCCAGGUGCUGAACCAGACGUCGCGCAUCGAGAUGCAGCUGCAGGAGAACUCGCUGUCCACCACCAAGCUGGAGAAGCAGCUCCUGCUGCAGACCAACGAGAUUCACAAGCUGCAGAACAGGAACAACAUCCUGGAGGUGCGGGUGCUGGAGAUGGAGACCAAGCACCAGGAGGAGCUGGUGGGGGCCCGCUCGGAGAAGGAGAAGCUGCGGCGGUUGGUGAGCCGGCAGAGCGGCACCAUCGAGGAGCUGGAGAAGUCGCUGCUGGCCGCCAGUGCCAACACCAGCCUGCUCCAGCGCCAGCAGCUCCAGCUCCUCGAGUCCGUGCAGAGCCUGGUGCGCCUCGUGUCCCAGGGCAGAGCCACGCUGCCGGGGCAGGAGCAGCAAUUCCAGGACUGUGCCGAGGUGCACCGGGCUGGCAUCAGCGCCAGCGGCGUCUACACCCUCCACAUCGGCAACCUCAGCGAGCCCAAAAAGGCAUACUGCGACAUGGAGACAGACCGCGGCGGCUGGACCGUCAUCCAGCUCCGUGCCAACGGCAGCCUCAGCUUCCAGCGGGGCUGGAGGGAGUACAAACAGGGGUUUGGGGAUGCUGCAGGCGAGUACUGGCUGGGUAACGAGGCCGUGCAUCUCCUGACGAGCCAGGGCCCCUAUGCCCUGCGCGUGGAGCUGCGGGACUGGGAGGGCGGCCAGGUCUAUGCCCACUACGGGAAAUUCCAGCUGGGGAGCGAGCGGCAGCUCUACAGGCUGUCACUGCAGGACUACAGCGGCACCGCAGGGCAGCAGAGCGGGUUGGCACUGCAGGGCACCCGCUUCAGCACCCGCGACGCCGACAACGACAACUGCCUCUGCAAGUGCGCCCAGAUGCUGUCGGGAGGCUGGUGGUUCGAUGCUUGUGGGCUCUCCAACCUGAACGGCAUCUACUACCCAGCACGGCACAACAUCCGCAAGCUCAACGGCAUCCGCUGGCACCACUUCCAGGGGCCCAGCUACUCCCUGAAGGGCACCCGCAUGCUCAUCCGACCUGCCGGCUUCUAGCGCCUCAGCCUGGAGCAGGGGCACCGGGACAAGGGGUGGUUCAUGAGGAACCAUCAGAUCCCACCUCCCUUCUCUUCUCGUGCUCUUGGGACUCCUGUUUUUGCCCCAGGAUGGGGGUCCAAGGCCCACCAGGACCCCCUGCACAUGCAGCCAGGCUCCAAGGCACGCCAGGGCUUUGCCUUUUCUGUCUUUGGGCAUUGCAAAGCUCCCACUGUUCCUUUAUCCCCACGGGAUCAGGGGAGCUGGAGGGGAUGAGGAUCCUCAUGAUGGAGGCUUGUGUUGGCAGGGGCUGGCAGAGCC